CCGGAAGUUAUAUUGAAUAGAAAUCUUGUUUCCCCCCUCAACUCUAGAUUCUUCGGCACUCUAGAACUACUUUUGAAAAACUCUAUGGCUGAAUGUGAAGGACUCUCCGCUUAGGUCUAUGAUAUUUGAAGCGUCGUUUUUUUCCUUCCGAAGGAAACGGUAGCUUAGGUGUCUUUUGUGAGUGCAGUUGGGUUCUGUGGAUUCCCCCCUGGUUCCUGAAAAUGUAUAUGCUGGUUGAAUCCCAUUCAAACAAUGUUCUUCAUUUAAAGAGGUCACCUGGCAUAAGAUCGUGGUCUCUUCUUGUAGGAAUCUCUUCUGUGGGCCUGGCUGCUGCUUACUACAGUGAAGAUAGUAUUGGAUGGAAACUCUUCUAUAUUGCUGGCUGUCUUUUUGUAGCUGUGCAAAAUCUUGAGGACUGGGAGGAAGCUGUAUUUGAAAAGGAUGCAGGAAAAGUUUUUCUGGAGACAUUUAGCCUUUACAAAAAGUUACUGACCCUGUCAAGGGCUGGCCAUGAACAAGUGGUCUUUCCUUUGGAUGAAAUUCGAGCCGUGAAUGUGCAGGAGGAAAAAAUACGUUAUUUUGGGAAGGGCUACUUAGUUGUCUUGAGAUUUGUCACGGGGCUUUCGCAUCCUCUGACUCAGAACGCAGUGAUGGGCUGUAGAAGUGAUGUAGAAGACAUGGCCAAGCUCAUUACUAGCUUUCUUGAGAUGAAUAGAGUGUCAAAUCAUCGAGAUCCUGAAAGCAGCAGUGAAACAGACGGAAGUGACGUAGAUGACCCCAGGGACAAGCAUUAACAUGAACUCUGAUGCACAGGAAGCAAGAGCUCUCUUCAUUCUAGAAGACUGUAUGUUCCCACUGAGUUCACGUUUUGGUGUCUCCUAUAGAAAUGACUGAAAAUACAGAAAGAUUUAUAAUAGUUUGAAAUUCUACACAUAGUAUCUUUUGAAUACCGAAUCACAAAACUACUUCUGUUACAUUUUUUUAUUCCUGUUCAGAGGAAACUUCUACCAUAAUUCAGUAUUCAAAAGAUAGUAUGUAUAUGAAAAAAACCCCUCUUAAAUCCUAUAAUAGAGGACAUUUUUGUUAAAGGCAUAGGUGUGAGCCUAACCUAUAUUUUCGUAUUCUGUUUCUUUUAAAAAGGAAGACAGGAAAUGUACUGGAAAUGUAUAGCCACUAAGUUGUAUUGAUCUAAAAAAGGUUUAUUUUAAGGUGUUUGACUUUCAUCUUCAGGCUUUAAACAUUUAUCUCAAGAGCAUUUAAGUGUCCUGAUUUGGCAGACACACUUUUGUUGACCUAUUCAUGAUACAGACUUUAAAAUGUCUAGGAUUAGACACUUUUAUAUACAGUGUAUUUAAACUGUCAACUGCUUAUAAAGUAGCUAAUAUUUAAGUUUUUUUUAAAAGGUCUCCACAAUAUUUGAUAUUCAGUAUUGAGCUUUCUGGUCAGAUCCACAAUCCUUGUAGUAAAGCUUUCUCCACAUUUCUUCUAACUAUGAUGUAUGUACUUUAAAAAAAAUAGAAGUAAGGAAAGUUUGGGAAAAUGCUAUAGGAACCCAUCAUGUAGGUACUUGUGAAUUUCAAUGAAGUAUUAAUGAAUGGAAAUGAUUGUAUACUUUUCUAGCUCAAGUCUGUAAAGCUUGUGAUUUUUCUAUAAACUAUAUAUAAAAUUUGGUGGUUAAAAUUUGGCGAAUAACAUUUUCUUGCUUUGAAAUACACAAUAAUUAGUUGAAAUUUUCUCUCACCAUAUUUUAAGUAACAGCUAUCAAUCCCUGCCUCCUCAAAUGCUGUGUUUGCAAGUCUGGAAUAUUCCAUGGGCCUCGGAAAUUCAAGUUGCAGCAGUAUCUCGGGCUUCAUUUAUUCCCCUCCAUUGGAUAAGGUCUUUUUUUUAUCAUU